CAUAUCCAGAGGAUUCCAGCGCGAGGCACGUCCACCGUUAAACUCGAGAGUUUUUCUCUUUCAAUUGCAAUUCGAAAAAUAAUAGAAAAUGCGUGAAAUCGUUCAUAUUCAAGCUGGACAGUGUGGUAACCAGAUUGGAGCCAAGUUUUGGGAAAUCAUUUCUGACGAGCAUGGAAUCCAACCUAAUGGCACCUACCACGGCGAGUCUGAACUGCAACUGGAACGCAUCAAUGUCUACUACAAUGAAGCAAGCGGAGGCAAAUAUGUUCCCCGUGCUGUUCUUGUGGAUUUGGAGCCUGGCACCAUGGAUUCCGUUCGUUCGGGACCAUUUGGCCAGCUCUUCCGCCCUGACAAUUUCGUCUUUGGCCAAAGUGGAGCCGGUAACAACUGGGCCAAAGGUCACUACACUGAAGGAGCUGAAUUGGUCGACUCUGUUCUUGACGUUGUCCGCAAAGAAGCCGAGAGCUGCGAUUGCCUUCAGGGUUUCCAGCUGACACACUCCCUUGGUGGCGGAACUGGAUCUGGCAUGGGAACUUUGCUCAUCUCCAAGAUCCGUGAAGAGUAUCCUGACCGUAUCAUGAACACAUACUCUGUUGUCCCCUCACCAAAAGUGUCCGACACUGUCGUCGAGCCGUACAACGCCACUCUUUCGGUCCACCAAUUGGUUGAAAAUACGGACGAGACCUAUUGUAUCGACAAUGAAGCUCUCUACGAUAUCUGCUUCCGCACACUCAAAUUGACAACGCCCACCUAUGGUGACUUGAAUCACUUGGUCUCCCUCACCAUGUCUGGUGUUACUACUUGCCUUCGCUUUCCCGGCCAGCUCAAUGCUGACCUGCGCAAAUUGGCUGUCAACAUGGUGCCCUUCCCUCGUUUGCAUUUCUUUAUGCCUGGCUUUGCUCCCCUCACUGCCCGUGGGUCUCAACAAUAUCGCGCAUUGACUGUUCCCGAGCUGACCCAGCAGAUGUUCGAUGCCAAAAACAUGAUGGCCGCCUGCGAUCCUCGCCACGGACGUUACCUGACUGUUGCAGCCAUUUUCCGAGGUCGCAUGUCAAUGAAGGAAGUCGAUGAGCAGAUGCUCAACAUUCAAAACAAGAACUCAUCCUACUUCGUCGAAUGGAUUCCCAACAACGUCAAGACAGCCGUCUGUGACAUUCCCCCUCGCGGUCUGAAAAUGUCUGCCACUUUCAUCGGCAACUCGACCGCCAUCCAAGAGCUCUUCAAACGUAUUUCGGAACAGUUCACUGCCAUGUUCCGUCGUAAGGCUUUCCUCCAUUGGUACACUGGUGAAGGUAUGGACGAAAUGGAGUUCACCGAAGCCGAGUCCAACAUGAACGAUCUCGUCUCCGAAUACCAGCAAUACCAAGAAGCUACAGCCGAUGAUGAGGCUGAUUUCGAGGAAGAUGGGGACCACGCCGACCAAGACGCUGCUUAAAAAUGCAAUUUUGCCCUCUCCGUCCUUGAUAGAACUGCCGAAAUAUGUGGGAGAAAUGUUUUCCAUCUACUGCACUCCCAGACCGCCCUUUAGUCCAGCUGCUGAUGUCCGUGCACUUUCUUCACUUUUUAAAAACUACCAUGCCUUUCGCUUCCUAUCCUUUUAUGCUUUCCUGACUAUCUUUUCCUUUUUAGAACAUCCCCUAGCAACUCUUUCGUAUUUCUCCACAUUCCUCGCUCUUUUUUACGUUCCCUGUUUUUAUUAAGAAACAACAUCCAGAUCUGAUCUCCUUCGACUGGACUGUCUCCCUGUGUACAUUCAUCUCUCUGCGCAACCAUUCUGAACAAAAUAAAUGCAGGUUAGCAAAGUCA